CCCUCUUAUCUGCGACCGUAAAAAUCAAUGAAGCUUCAUGCUAACUAGGCUCUUCACUGGUCUCUGUGGACAGGGAACUCAAUUCAUUUCCAGAUUCCUGUCAGCACCCAGCAGACGGAGAUGAACACUGUAGUGAUCGUGUCUGCUGCCAGGACGCCAAUAGGAUCCUUUAAUGGGGCACUGAGCAGUGUAACACCUUCUGAUUUGGCUAAAGUAGUCAUUAAGGAUGUCCUGAAGAGGGCUGAUGUAAAGCCAGAUGAGGUAUCUGAGGUCAUCAUGGGACAUGUUCUCACUGCAGGCAGUGGACAGAACCCUACACGGCAGGCUAGUGUUGCGGCAGGAAUCCCAUACCCUGUGCCUGCGUGGAGCUGUCAGAUGGUGUGUGGAUCUGGUCUAAAAGCUGUGUGUCUUGGAGCUCAGUCCAUCAUAAUGGGAGAGUCCAUAGUUGUGGUUGCAGGGGGCAUGGAGAGCAUGAGCCAGGCACCUCACACAAUGCAAAUGAGGUCAGGAUUAAAGAUGGGAGAUGCGACAUUGCAGGACUCUAUAGUGGCAGAUGGACUCACAGAUGCGUUUCACAAAUGCCAUAUGGGUAUCACGGCGGAGAACGUGGCUAAGAAGUGGAGUGUGACUCGAGAAGCUCAGGAUCAGUAUGCUGUCACCUCACAGAGCAGAACCGAGGCAGCCCAGAAGGCUGGUUUCUUUAACCAGGAGAUUGUUCCAGUUAUUGUUCCUUCAAGAAAAGGUCCAGUAGAAGUUAAAGUUGAUGAAUUUCCUCGCCACGGGAGCAAUAUGGAGGUCAUGUCCAAGCUGAAGCCCUGUUUUCUGAAGGACGGUUCUGGCACAGUCACGGCUGGCAAUGCAUCAGGAAUAAAUGAUGGGGCUGCAGCGGCUGUGCUCAUGAGCCAAUCAGAGGCUCAGAGGCGUGGUCUGCAACCAAUGGCACGGAUUGUCUCUUGGGCCCAGACUGGCCUUGAUCCAUCCGUCAUGGGCACAGGGCCAAUAUUAGCCAUCAGAAAAGCAACAGAGAAGGCUGGCUGGCAGCUGUCUGAGGUGGAUCUGUAUGAAAUCAACGAGGCCUUCGCUGCUCAGUGUCUCGCAGUGGUUCAGGAACUUGGCCUGAAUCCCGACAAGGUGAACGUCUGUGGUGGAGCGAUCUCUCUGGGUCAUCCUCUGGGUAUGUCUGGCUGCAGGGUGCUGGUGACCCUCCUACAUGCACUUCAGAGGACUGGUGGAAGGAAAGGUGUUGCUGCACUGUGUAUCGGAGGAGGAAUGGGAAUUGCUAUGUGUGUAGAUAGAAUUUAAGACCACCUUACACACACACGUACAGACCAGCUGCUGUUCUAGAAAACUGGACCAGGUCUUACACACUUACAUUAAUUUGUUGAAACUGUUUUAAAUUAUAUUAUGGAAAUAUGUUAUAUUUUUAUAAUUUAGCCAUCUUAUGCAACCAGGGAAUGGGUUUCUCUUAAGAAUUAAUUAACAAACACUAUGAUCUUUUUUUUUAAAAAAACCCAAACAAACAAACAAACUAUGUCCUUGUCUGACAGAUUUUUAAUUGUAUUAACAGUUACUAGUUAUAUGGAUCAAUUAAUAAAUGUAUUCUACCUUAGACUUGCCUUAGCCUAUAUAUUACAUUGUGCCAUAAGGCUGAAUGAGCCUCAGUCCUGUGUUUCCUGUCAACAGCCUGAAAUUCUCUAUGUGCCGGAUUGAAGCCUCAAGGGAAAACAUGUUUACAUAUUAAACUCAGUGAAUAAUAAAAAAAAAAAAUCUUA